UCUUUCUAUACAUGGGUUACCGGUUAUCGUAUAGGAAUAUCCAAUAGUUCUGAAGUAGUAAAAUAUUGGGAUAAAAGUUGGAGAUUCGAGUAUCUUCCCCUUCCAUUCCUUGCGUAUAAAAGAAAGAAAAUCUCCGUCUCGGAUGCUUCGCUCCUUGCGCCAUCUCGCGGCUGAACAGGGGAGGUGGCGAGCAGAGCAGGGGAGGGGAGGGGAUCCUGCAGGUUCUAUAGUAUAUUAUAUACUUGAUGACUGGUUAAUCCCAUUGGUCUGGUGGGGAGAUCUUGAGAGAUAGAUAUUUAUCUACAGUAAAUCAUCAGCACAGCAGAAAAUGCCGGCAAUUAUGUUAUGCAGUUGUAGCGGGGACCAAUCCAAGUUUGAAGAAAUGCCUCGAUCGCCUGAAUCUCUUGCGACGCGGGAUUACUCAGCAACUGGUUCUUCUUCAAGGAUAGGAAAUCGAGAAUCAACUCCUGAUGACAACCAAGUAAGCGAAGUGGAAUCAGACCUGAGAGAGACCCUUUCACUAAAUUAUGAGGAAGCCCGGGCAUUGCUGGGUAGACUGGAACAUCAGAGAGGAAACUUUGAUGCAGCAUUGCAAGUUCUUCAGGGAAUUGAUAUAAGAAGCCUGAUGCCACGAAUGACUACUGCUAUUGCUGACAGUGUCAAGCCUAGAGGUCCUCCACGUUCACGAAAGAAAACCUCACAAGUGAAUGGAAUGCUGAUGCAUAUGUCUAUGCACUCUGUAAGUUUGCUUCUCGAGGCCAUAUUGCUUAAAGCGAAGUCUUUGGAAGGUCUUGGUAGAGUGACAGAUGCUGCAGAAGAAUGCAGAACCAUCAUAGACAUUGUCGAGUCUGCAUGGCCAUAUGGUGUCCCCGAAGGUACUUCUGAAGAGUGUAAGUUGAUAGACAUUUUCCACUCUGCCCUAGAAUAUCUUCCUAAGCUUUGGAUGAGGAGUGGUUGUUGUGAGGAAGCCAUCAUCGCAUAUAGGAGGGCUCUUGCAAAGCCAUGGAAUUUGGAUUCUCAAAGGUCUGCAAAUUUACAAAAAGAUUUAGCAGUGACUCUGCUGUAUUGUGGUGCUCAAGUGAAGUUUACUCAAGAAUUUGAUCAACACAAGCCAGCAACUCCUAGGAACAACAUGGAGGAAGCAAUUUUGUUGUUGCUGAUACUUACAAAAAAGUUAGCCCUUCAAGAAAUAAAGUGGGAUCCUGACCUUGUGAACCAUUUGAUGUUUGCACUCUCAUUAUCAGGCCAUUAUGAAAUCUUGGCUAGCCAUCUGGAAAUGUUGUUGCCUGGAACCUAUAACCGAUCAGAAAGAUGGUAUAUUCUUGCGCUCUGCUACAGUGCAGCUGGCAUGGAUGAUAGCGCCUUAAACAUUAUAAGGAACGGUUUCAACGUAUUAGAAAGGAAAGGGAAGCCUCAUAUUCCAUCUCUUCUUUUAGGAGCCAAACUAUGUUGUAAGAACCCAAAGCGUGCUUCUGAAGGAAUAAAAUUUGCAGAUAAAGCCAUGAAGUCUUUCAGAAAGCAUGAUUUCCAUUUUGUCAGUGUUGUAAACCAUCUUCUUGGUGUUUGCUAUGGACCUUUUGCUAGAUCCUCCACUUCUCAUGCAGAAAAAUUGAGAUUACAAGAUGAAGCACUGAGGUUGCUACAGGAUGCUGCUGCAAUGGCAAAGUAUAGCCCUGAAAUUAUGUAUAGCCUUGCUUGGGAAAAUGCAAUGCAGCGUAAACUGAAUGCAGCUGUUGAAAGUGCAACAGAAUGCGUUGAGAUGGUGAUGGGAAGUUUAGUUAGUGCCUGGAAGUUACUGAUUCUUGUGUUAUCUGCUCAGCAAAAUUUAAAAGAGGCCGAAGCAGUAGCAAAUAUUGCAAUAGAUGAGGCUGAGAAAGAGGAUCAGAUGGGAAUUUUGAGGCUAAAAGCACACAUUCAGGCCUCACGUGGACAGUUCAAGUCUGCAGUAGAAUCAUUUCGGAGUUUGCUUGCAAUAAUCCAAGCAAAGAAAGAAAUCUGGAAGCAGACCCCUUAUGACAAGGUUAAAUCCCUACAGAAUUUAGAGAUGGAAGCAUGGUUAGAUUUGGCGUCAAUAUACACGAAGCUUGAAUCAUGGCAUGACUCAAAUGUCUGUCUUGACAAAGCCAAAUCUAUCAGUUCUUUCUCUCCCAAGUGCUGCCAUGUCAGAGGCCUUAUAUUGCAGGCUCAGUCCUUGCACCAGGAAGCCCUGACGGCGUUCUCGCUCUCCCUCUCCAUCGAUCCAGACUAUGUCCCAAGCAUGGUUUGCAUGGCAGGAAUUCUAACCAUUCUUGGAGGGAAAUCAUUGUCGAUCGCAAGAACGUUCCUCCGUAAUGCCCUCCGUUUGGAACCCACAAGCCAUCAAGCCUGGCUGCGCCUUGGACUCGUCUUGAAAUCUGAAGGAUCACUGCUUGAAGCGGCCGACUGCUUCCAGGCAGCCUACGAGCUCCAGGAGUUAUCGCCGAUACAGGACUUCUCAGAGCACCUCCCCAUCAUGCUGCAAUAGGAACGCAAUAGCCCAGGAUUCCUUGUAGAAAUUACCUCUCACUUCUCAAACUGUGGCAACGCAUUCUGUAGAAAUCAGAAAUUAUGUGGAUCUAGUUGCAAACUUGCAACUGUGAGCGUCUUUCUGUUGACGUCCUUACCAAUUUUGUUCGUUCUUAGAUUUUGAAAGAUGUAGGAAAAAUGCAAUCGAAUGAAGCAUGCUGCCUUUAUCAAGGGAAAAAUAAUGUUAUGCAUAGCCUUUUUCUCCCAUUGAAUGGAGGUGAUUUAUUAUUUUGUG